UUACCCCGCCCCCUCGAAGGGUCACUUUAUCUGAUGUUAAAUAGUCUGUAUAUAAUAUAAUAAUAAUAAUAACAUACUGUAUGUUGCAUUGUCUUGAGGAAUUGUUAUUUUGUGUUGUUUAUUAGUGUUUACGUGUCUUUAGUUCAAAUUAUUUAUAAAUCAGUGUGUUUGCUUCACUUUCCGGUCGGUUUGGAGUUGUUGAGAUGAUGCUUUUAUUCUGAAGGACUCCGGAAGUCCCCCUGUUGUUGCUGUCAGAGCAGGAAGCGACCCUCCGUUAGCACCGCUAGCUGUUAGCAGGCUAGCAGCCAGGUGUCCCGGUGUCCCGGUGUGAACAUGUCCCGGGUCCAGAAGCUCCGGCUCUUCGUCAGUCAGCGGCUCAACGCGGCGGUCGAAGAGAUUUUGGGAGUUUUUGAAGAAACCAUCGUUAAAUACGAACAAGAGGCGGCUCUGUGUCAGGAGGUGAUCUCCCGCCAGCACGCGCUGCUCUGCGCGCUCCACAAGCCGCUCAUGGAGCUGCCGUCCGCAGACGCCUUCACGCAGCAGCUGUUGGUGAGUAACAAAGAGGUCCCCCCUGAGCACCAGGACCAGGACCAGGAGGAGCCAGAGCCCCCACACGUUGAAGAGGAACAGGAGGCAGAGCAGCUUCAAGACCUGGACGAGGCCGACAUCAUCCAGUUCACCUAUAAUCCCAGGUGUGCAGCGAGGCCAGGUGAGGACGUGGACCUGUCAUCUGCCAGGACUGCUCGGGCAGAACCAGGAGCCGCGGGACCAGAUGAGGACGUCCAGCUGCUGUCGUCUGAGACGGAGGACAGCGACGACUACAGCAAAGACUCGACUGACCCUAAACCAAAGAGGAUCCGUAGACCAGGAGGACCGCUGAGCUGCAGAGUCUGCGGCCGGACGUUCAAGGCCCGGAGCUUUUUAUUCCGGCACGUCAAAGCUCACCUGCAGGACGCCGAGCCGGUCUGCGGUUUGUGCGGUGAACGGUUCGAAGCCGCGGAGAAUCUGAAGCUUCACGUUCAGACUCACCGGACGACUCAGAGGAGGAAGAGGGAGCUGGAGAACCAGACCAGGACCCGGAGCAGAGAGAGACGGUUUCACCAGCCCGACGCAAACGCCAAAGUCCACGCGGGAGAAAAACCACACGCCUGUAACGACUGCGGGAAGACGUUUCUACAGGCGUGGAAGAAGAAGAGGCACAGGUGCCCCCCCGGGAGGAAGAGCCGAGAGAGUCUGGGGGGAAGCAGACCCGCACAGAAGAAGAAGCCUUAAAGGAUCAGUCCGGUUCCUUUCGUGGUUUCGACGGUUUGUUUCCGAGCUGUGAGGAAGAGGAAGAGGAUCGCUGUGAGGAAGAACGUCUAAGGGGGAAGUGAUAAUGAGAAAAGAGGUUUUAAAAAACUUUAUUUUUGAAAUGUUUGAAACUUGUUCCUCAAACUUUUGACUUUAUUCUUGAAAUGAUGACGUUUCACAUUUCUGAGAAUAAAGUAAGUAAUAAAAAAGACGAGGUCGUCGCAUUUCGAGAUAUUAUUUUUGAAAUAUUUUCUUUCCUGAAGCGACUUUUCUUCUCGUAAAAUUUUGACUUUAUUCUCAGCGAUCCUGAUUUCUCCAUCAUGUGACAUGUGAAGAGGCGGACCCUGAUUGGUUAUUGUUAUUGUUAUUGGUUAUUGUUUCCAUGGUAACGUUCUGUUGCUCCCGUUUCCGUUAGUUUCGUUAAUCUACUGAGCUCAGAAGUUUCAGGUUUGUGUUCUGAGCUUCAUUCGGACGGAAGAACGAAGCGUUUGAUUGGUUUGUCUUCGGUUCCGGCUGCUGCUUGUCUCAGGUCAGCGUUUCCGACAGCGUUCGUUAACGAGUCGAAGUUACCCGAAAGUUUUACAGCCAAAGCUGAGCGAAGCUUCUGUCCAGCUUCGGUUUCUGUAACCGGCUCCUCUGAAGUCUAAUAAAGAUGUUUUCUACCCAAA